UUUAAGAGGUAAAGGGGUAUCUUUAGACGAAGUGUCGCAUCUCACUGGUAUUAAACAAAAACAACAACACCCGAUUGAAGAUGUAAAACGGAGAGACACGUGGAGCUGGAUCCUGUGAAGAAAUAUAGCAGCUAUUUUAUUGCCUCGGGGCUUGAUGCCCUCCAUUUACCCCGGUGUAUAUUGAUCUCAGACCAAAUGACUAAUGAGCUGUUUAUGGUGUUGCUUCUGCAGAACAUCUCCUGCCAAAAACGGAUAUGGCUGCCGUGCUGUGGAAGCCCACAUCCCUGGAAUUGGGCUUGUGGAUCUGUCUCUUGCUCCUGAACCUCCUCCCUCACGCCAGGGCCGUAGUUGGACACAGAGAGCCGCUCCCUGACGAUAGCAGAGACAACAUCACUAUUUUCACCCGGAUCCUUGACAGGCUUCUAGAUGGAUAUGACAACAGGCUACGUCCAGGCCUGGGAGAGAGCGUGACAGAAGUUACGACAAACAUCUUUGUGACAAGUUUUGGGCCAGUGUCAGAUACAGAUAUGGAAUACACCAUUGACGUCUUCUUCCGUCAGAUGUGGGUAGACGAAAGGCUGAAGUUUGAUGGACCGAUGCAAGUCCUGCCCCUCAACAACCUCCUGGCCAGCAAGAUCUGGACUCCGGACACCUUCUUCCACAACGGGAAAAAAUCUGUGGCCCACAACAUGACGACUCCGAACAAGCUGCUGAGACUCGUCGACAACGGCACACUUCUUUACACAAUGAGGCUGACAAUUCAUGCCGAGUGCCCCAUGCACCUGGAGGAUUUCCCGAUGGAUGCACACGCCUGUCCUCUAAAGUUUGGAAGCUAUGCGUACACCAAUAACGAGGUAAUCUACCUGUGGACCAAAGGACUCGAGAGAUCCGUCUCCGUGGCCGAGGACGGCUCCAGGCUAAAUCAGUACGAUCUUCUGGGCCAUGUUAUCGGCAAAGAAACUAUCAGUUCAAGCACAGGAGAAUAUGUAGUGAUGACAGCAUAUUUCCAUUUGAAAAGGAAAAUUGGCUAUUUUGUGAUUCAGACCUACCUGCCGUGCAUCAUGACUGUCAUACUGUCUCAGGUCUCCUUCUGGCUGAACAGAGAAUCAGUCCCGGCCCGCACCGUGUUCGGGGUCACCACUGUCCUAACCAUGACCACCCUGAGCAUCAGUGCUAGAAACUCCCUUCCUAAGGUGGCCUAUGCCACCGCCAUGGACUGGUUCAUGGCUGUGUGCUAUGCCUUUGUCUUCUCUGCCUUGAUUGAGUUUGCCACAGUCAACUACUUCACCAAGCGCAGCUGGGCAUGGGAUGGGAAAAAAGAGGGCAUGGAAAUAAGGGAACCGUUUCAGGCUAACAUCGAAAGGAUUAAAGAUAUGAGAAGAGAAUCGGCGACGUUGUCCAAAAAGGCCAACAACACCUUCAACAUUGUUGGAACCACCUACGCUAUGAAUGUAGCGAAAGACCAGGGCCUCACAACCAUCUCCAAGAGUGCCACCGGAGCUUCGGCCAAACACCACUACCUGCAGAAAAUGGUCGAUCCCUACACAGAGGCCAAGAAGUCCUACAACCGUGUCAGCAAAGUGGACAAGAUAUCGCGCAUCAUCUUCCCAGUUCUGUUUUUUAUUUUUAACUUAGGUUACUGGGCCACAUAUGUCAACAGAAAACCCGCCAUUAUGAAAGACAACCUAGACUAAAUUUGACCCAACGCUAGACUCCAUCACAUCAGGAACGGUUCUGACGGUAAACAAUGUUUGCAGGAGGCCCCAAGUCCAUAAUACCUUACUGUCUGUGUUCUGGGACUGUCACUUUUUCCCAACAAGGAAGUUCCAUGAAUUUUUACAUGACAUGUUAUACUUUUUUCCCAUGCCUAAAGAAGAGCUUAGUCACUGAAGGCUGAACGGUCUUCACUCGUUCACCCUGUGAACAGAACGUCAUCGCGCUCGCGAUUGGAAGACAAGCCGAGCAAGUUGACGCCACAAAGUCACCCCUUGACCAAAUAUGACUCCAGGCCGUCUGAGAAGUAGCACAGGCUUUUUAGAUGCUCUGGUUUCAUAUGAGUCAACUAGUUCGUAAUAAUCUUAACCUUAGGAGAUGUGUCUUGCUUGUACCCGUCUACGGGGCGCGAGAGAGUGCACCGCCAUCAGGCCUCGUGCGGUCACAUGGGUAGUUCUAGCCUGCAGCAGCGUACGCAGAGACUCCUCCGCAGCAGCUGUUCCCACUGAAAUGUUAGACUUUGGUUGAUGAGCUUCUGAGGUGGGAACAUGGUAAGGCCCAGGUUCAGAUUGGCUGCGAGGGAUGCGUGUGUCAUUCAAAUUUGGAAGAAAAAAAUCAAAAGUGAAACAGCCCUCGGUGUCUAAACAGACGUUUAGGUUAUGGAUUAAAAAGUGACAGUCCUAAAGUGUGUGUGUGUGUGUGUGUGUGUGUACAGAG